AUGGUCCACUCGUUCCUGCGCUCGCACCGUCUGCUGUCGUCGUUGGUGGCGCCGACGGCGCUCCUCGUCACGUCGUCGACGCUGCUCGAAGCUGAGGAACCGCAACGAGAGCCACUGCAAACGCAACGCGAGCAACCGCAACCGGACGUGCCACCUGCGGUCGACUUCAUCGGUGUCUUUGUCGAAGCUGCGUCGGCUGCGCGACUGCGGGAGCGGUUUCCACGCACAUGUCGCAGCAGUAACGCGCCGCUGGUGGUCGUGCUGCAAUACCAACCGACGCACCAGGAACAGGAGGCGUUUGCGCCUAUUUUAGGCACGAAAGCCCAGUUGCAGGUUCAGGGGGUGGUCGAAGACACGUAUGCUCAGACGCUGGUCGUGGCCGUGACGACCGAAGCAGGGGACUCGCUCGAGCUUGAAGACGCUGCAGAGCCCGCGCACUUGACGCUGUCGACGUCAGUUGACGCACUGGGCGCUUCUGGCUACACAAGUGUCUUGCUCGAGCGUCUGCGCGCGAGCGACAAGCUUCGUUACUUGCUGACCAAGGACGAAACUGCGACGCAAUGGACAGGUACGCUCCCGGACUUUCACUCGAAGCACGUCCCGCUCUUCAGUCCGUUUCCAGCGGUCGAAGCUUCCGUCAAGAAACUGGACAAGGAGCUCACGCUCGAAGGUACAGUGUGUCUGGCGUCCCGCUUUGACGCUACGUCGGGCACGUGCUUGGUACCAAAGGCCGAGUGCGGCUUUUGCAAGUUUAUGAAAGCUGGACCCUGUGGCCGCGAGUUUGCCGCGUGGGAGAGCUGCUUGGACCAGUGCAAGAAGAGCGGGGAGGAUUUUAUUGAGAAGUGUGGAUCGCAGACGCUAGGAUUGCGUGACUGCGUGGACGCGAACCCCGAGUACUACCACGUGCUGACUGACGACAAUCCAGAAGACGAAACAGAACAAGAAGAGACGACGGCGACGGCGGCGACGACGACAACGGAGAAGACGACAGAGCAGGACACUGAAGCUACGAAGACGGAAGACGAGAAGUGA